ACAGUGCGCGGCACAGUGCAGUGUGUUGGUGGUGGUGGUGGUGAGCGAUGGCGCUGCUGAGGCUGCCCUCCAUCUCGCUGCGCUUGUCCGCCGCGGUCUCCACCGCCGUCUUCGCAAGAGAGACGGCCGCGUUGGCUGCGGCCGGCGUGAGGUGGGCGUCCAAGAAGGCGGGCAGCAAAGUUCGGAACUCGGCGCCCAAAAGUCCGGGCAAGCGCUACGGAUGGAAGAAGUUUGAAGGUGCCAUGGUUCAUGCCGGCAACAUCCUCGCCACGCAGAGGCUCAUCCGCUGGCACCCGGGGGCGUUUGUGGGCAUGGGUCGGAACAACACGCUGUACGCCCUGGAGGACGGCGUUGUGCGGUUCACCAAGGAGGUGUACGUCCCUCCUCCGCGGAGCAGGGAGGCCUUCCAGGUGGUGUGCAAGCUGCCGCGAGGCGCCAUGCUCUACAAGACGUUCAUCAACGUCAUCCCUCCUCACCAGGAGGGGCGCUUCGUCCUCAAGGAAAUGAUGUGAGCGGCGGUGCGUCACGCCACUCUUCAGUGGCAGACCUCUCGCGUGAGCCUCAAGCCCACGGACUCGCUGCCUGGGGCUGGGGAAUGUGUGACCGAGUGGGAUCUUGCGUUUUUUCGGUAAAGUCACGUAGGUAAAAAGAAAGAAAAAAAAAGAAAAAAAAAAUAAU